AUGGCCGAGGAACCGCAGCCUAAAGCUCUCCAAGAAGGCGCCGCCGAUCCUCACGCGCCAACAGGAACGGCAGAAGACCGCAAAGCUGCCGCUGCCCUCUCAUCGCUUGAUGCUCAAGACGAAAAUGCGACAGGGAAGAAGAAUGUAGACAGCAAAGCCCUGGGCGAAGCCAUGAAAGGCCUCAGCGUAAAGGACAAGAUUGGCGACGAGAAAAAGAAAGUUGUCAAAAUUGACCCCGCUGAUGUCUCUCUGCUGAUGUCGCAACUCGAGCUUCCUAAACAGAAGGCUACCGACCUUCUCCGCGCAAAUGACGGAGAUGUUCUUAUGGCGAUCAAAACUUUUAUCACUCCGAAAUUUACCUAAUAUUCUGGUACUUAUGUUGGCUACAUGGUCUCGUGCAACAAAACCCUCCUGGGAUUUUGGAUAUAUCGAACCCGAUUGCCAAAAAGGCAGAAACCGAUGGACUCGGAAGCGGAAACGACUCUUAUAAUUUUUUAUCAAUGCACAUCCUAGUAUAAAGUCGUACGAUUCAUGAGCUCUGUAUCUUCAUGCAGUAAUCUGAUAAUUUCAUUGAUUCAUCCAUACCAGCGUUUUGGGUGCUUGGUUGCUCAUGAUAGCUGCUCGUUGUGUUUGUGAGUAGACUAGUCCGAAUUACCUGGUAAAUACUCGUAUCUCUGAAUUGACUGGGGGGUACUUCAAGUUCUGUUUCGCCCCAAAGAACCGAGAAAAAUGUCCUCGAGUUAGUUGUUUCAUUUGUGGGCACUAACCCCGAGGUUAUUGUUUUAAAAGCCUGCCAUGUUCAACAUCACUCGCGGUUUUUGAGAUUACGCCUUACACUGCGCCUUCGAGAUGCAACUUCCGGUGUGCUGUCCUCACCAAAUACAGGGGUAAGUGCCAAAAGAAAAUUU